UUUGCCGACCGAUUUAUUUAUUGGUCUUGGGCAAGAAGAUCCGAGGAUUGCGAUUGGAUUUCCCCCUGUCCGCCCCCCCCCCCCCCGUCGCGAAUUCUUGCUGAUUCUGCUAGUAGUAAGUUAUGGGAGGUUUGGGAGUUUAAAGUGUUUCGAUUUCUGUGUGGCGGCCCGCGGAUUCCGAUCGAUUGUAGGUCCCAAGAGGAAGUAAUCUGUAUUUGAUUGAUUAUUUAAUGGUGUAUUAUAGGGUAUUUAAAUAGCUCUUGGUAUAAAUACCCCCAUCUGUGUCAGUGUCAGUGUCGAGGAACAGGACUGUCUAUACGGAGUACUAUAUAUUGGUAGUUAGAUAUUUAGUUUAAAUAUCCUCGACUCGCCGCUAUGGAUAUUUUAGUUGCUACAGACAACAGUUAUUCAUUUCGGCUGAAGUUGACUUGACGACCGCGACAACAACGGAACCUCCUGUAGACACAUUAAUAAUUGCCGCUCCAAUUCCUCCCUCUCCAUGACAAUUCUAUUCUAAACAACCGCCUCUUCCAGCGAGCUGACCCCGACCCUCUCAUCAUAUCAUCUAGGGAAGAAGAAUAACUACAGAACAAAAUCCACUUCGCCUCCCCCCUCAAACGCUAAAUCCCUAGACUAGACUCCUACUACGUACGUCACGCUGAGCCCAACCGAACCUCCCGUCGUCCUCACCUCUUCUACUUCGCAAUCAGCCAAAAAAGAGUCACCGUCUUAUCCUCGUUCCCCAUGUUAUCUAGCCCCUGAGCUCCUGUUGCGGACAACGGAAGGAAAGGGAAAAAAUACUAUCACCCGCUUACAUACCACUAUAUAUCCUCUCUCCUCCGCGCCCCGGAACAGACCCCCCUGCUCCGCUCAAUCACACCCCCCUCGAGGAGCAACCAACUGCUGCAACUGUCUUUAAGAAACCUUAAAAUAAAUCCCGCAUGCGGGGAAAAUACUGCAACCGGAAAACGCGCGACAAAGCCAAGACGAGACGAGACGAGUUACCGGCUAACUUUCGAUCUCGUUCUAUUUUACUCUCCAAAGUUCCAAUAUAAACAAACUAACCAUUGUUAAUAACUAAAAUAAAGAAUCUCUCCAGAAGGGAGAAACAACAGCGCAGGAAAGAGCCCCCUAGCGCGUGACCCGCAUACCUCGCAAGGCGGGUUGAGGACAGGAACAGGAAGGAUAUCGUGAUAUACAAACAAUAAACACCCAAGGGGGGGGGGUUGCGAGUGAGGGAUAGAAACGUCCUUGCAAGAUUCCUCCUGCGCUGACAGGUGGGAUAUGAUAUUGGGCAAAACAGAGGAGGGUGGAUUCGUUUUCUCGCCUCCAGGAGUUACUCAUUGGGAUAUCAGGAGAGAGCCAAAAACGCUGGAACGGGCUUCCAUUGCCCAUUCGAUUCCUUUUUUCUUUUUUAAAAUCCCGCACUAUGCGCAGUGGACGGUGACUGAAUCGUCAGAAAGGAAAAGAGAAAGACGAGAAAAGGAAACCACGAGAAACAGAGGCUUGAUGCUUAUGUGAUCUGUCCGAGCUCACGGCAAACACUCCCCAACCCGCACCCCGCCGCGCGCAAUGCAUCGUAAUGGCGGUCAGGGGCAGAGAGCGAGACGGGGUCAGAGUUCGGAGGCACAGCGGAAGAGUUCGUUUCAUGUUAUUGUGCUGGGUUCCUCAGGCGGGCCACGAGAAGACAUUGUUUCAGCACUACUAGUUCGUUCGACAGCUACAAACUGGUCGGCAGGCUCUGUUAUAGCCAUAGAUGCAGGAACGCUUUUAGGAGGAAUCAUUCGAGCUCUAGAGAAUUCCAGCUCCGCCAAAGAUGAGAAAUCGACAGAUGUUAAAUUACGCAUGACUGAGGGACCUUUUGCAGGGCUUGAACUUCCAAAUACUACCACCGGAGCCAAUGCAGCCUAUAUCUUCCGCGAAAUCAUUUCAUCCGUAUUUAUCACGCAUCCUCAUCUGGACCAUCUCGCCGGUCUAGCCAUGAAUACCCCAUUGGUGGAAGCCCAGUCAAAUCCCAAAAUUGUCGCUGCCCUCCCGCCAACUAUUGCUGCGAUCAAGAAUCACAUUUUUAAUGACAUUACGUGGCCGAACCUGUCUGAUGAAGAUGGUGGGGCCGGUCUGAUCACUUACCAUCGGCUAGUUGAUGGAGGGAAUCCCAGACUGGGUCGUGCGGAGGGUCGUGGCUAUAUUAGGGCAUGCGAGGGGAUACUUGCUAAAUGUUUAAGUGUUAGCCAUGGACGUUGUGCGCAGCGGUAUCAUCCAGAAACGGGCCAAUAUCAUCGAGCUGAAAGUACAGUAUUCACUACGGAGUCUGGAUGCCUUCCUUCGAGGAGAGUCUCGAUAGACACGCAGGAUCUGGCUCGAUCAUACACUCCCAAUCAUCAAGCGCCGUGUGCGGUUAGCUCUAGCGGUAAAGCCAGCUCUCUGGCAAGCGUAGAAAGCUCAGCCUUCUUCCUCCGCGACGACUAUUCGGGAGCAGAAAUCAUCGUCUUCGGCGACAUUGAACCGGACAGCAUAUCCCUCGAUCCCCGAAAUGAGAAAGUAUGGGAAAUCGCCGCCCCCAAGGUCGCCAACGGCUCCCUCCGCGCCAUCUUCAUCGAAUGCUCCUACAUGGACUGCGUCGAAGACAGUUCUCUAUACGGUCAUCUAUGCCCACGCCAUCUCAUCGCUGAACUCCAAGUCCUCGCUGCCAAAGUAUCGAGAGCCACAGACCCCGAAUUCAGCGACACGGCUUCACGAAAGCGCAAGCACGCUACCGCCUCCGACCCGAUAUUGAAUGAACCUACCAGCCCUAAAAGCACCCCGCCCCGAUCACAAAGUCGACGGACAAGCUCCUCAUCCCGCUCUAGGUGGCGAACCACUCGCUUUUCCGGCUCCCGUCAUCAUGCACCCGCUGAAGCAGUGAAACCAGACGAUGCACAGCCUACCACACCACCCGGAUCCGGCACCCCGAUGGGCGACGACGACGACGAUGAUGACCACGAUGACCAUGCUUACGACGAGAAUGGCUAUGAUGCUAAUGAUGAAGUUGGCGUAGAGAAGAGCAGAGAUACGCCAGAGAUAAGCUCACACCACAAACCUGCGAAGCGCACGAGAUCCGCCAUGGACAGAGGUCGGAAACCGCUAGCCGGGCUGCGGGUUUAUAUCAUCCAUGUUAAGGAUUCGCUUACUGAUGGUCUAUCGCCGCGGGAGGUGAUACUGGAUGAGCUGCGGGCGCAUAAUGAGGAUGCCGCGUUGGGUUGUGAGUUUUAUGCGCCGUUGUCUGGGGAGGAGGUUUUUAUUUGAUUUUCUUUUGGGGGUCAUUUUAGGUUGUUUGAAUUUUUUGGUGACUGUUUUGGGGGUUCUUUUCAGGGGUUCGUUUUUUUCCGUCCCUUUUAUGUCCUUUGUUUGAAAAAGAGACAAAGACCUGCGCUCGGUUUAUAAAAUUUGAGAGAGAAUUGGAUGGACUAUUUGGGUUACGUUUUGAUUCUACAUGCAAACAAUCCUUUUGUUGUCAGUUGACUUGGAUAUAUCCCCAGCAGCGCAUGGGUCGUUCUUUUUCUUUUUCUUUUUCUUUUUUUUCUUUUUUUUCUUUUUUUUUUUUCGUUAUGCCUUUUCUUCCCUCUAGUUUCAGGGGAACAGGAAACUCUCGGAUUUUGAUGUUCCUUUAUGAUGUUGGCUAAUGUGUCUCCGAUUUUAACGCCCAGGAUAUGAAAUGGAUAUUUUUCUUGUUUGUUUCUAUUUUCUUAGAGAGGGCAAAGUUUGACCCUGUGGGCUAACCACCGAUAUGGACUCUGUGUAUUUGAUGAUCACAGGCUUUCUUGCCCGGGGGCUCCUUUUUAUACUUGCUUUCUCCAUUAUUCUUUUUGAUAACGUCGGCCCAUUGGUGCGAAUCGGGAUAGCACUUUUUGGCAGUUAGUUGUUCCCUUUUUGGGACAUUUCCCGCCCUAUCUGUAUUUUUAGAGUGCCUGCAUACUCAUCCCCCAAAUUUCAUCUCAUGGGAACUAAGCAAAAUGGGAAAGGAAAGCAAUUGCUAUUAACAUACUAUUUAACUUUGGGUUUAUUACUGUACAUUUAAAACUGGGCGACGACCAUAUCUAUACAAUCCCCCUUGAAUAACAUACACACACACACACACACACACACACACCCCGUCAGCCAAACUCCACGUAGCAACACGAAGGAUAGCUAAGACCAUAGCUAAUUAAGAGCAGGCGAAGCGGCCUCCUGUCCCCCAGAGCCACGAGCGACCUCAAUGACAUCAACCCACUUCCCACCUUUCUCAACAUCCGGAACCUUUACAACACCCUUGCUUCCAGCCGCCGUCUCAGCAGCAGCAGCAGCAGCAGCAGCAGCAGCGUCGCCACCACCCUCAGCACUCAACACAGACAUUCCCUCCCCAUCCCUCGCCCACUCAAUCAGCAUCUCCUCACUCCCCCACUCGCCCAUCCCCAUAAGACCCACAGGAACACCGGGUCCCUCAACCAGGCCCAUGGGCCUCGAAAGAGCCGGACAGCCCGUAAAGUUCGCGAGGAACACAUACUCCAUCGCGCGCAGGCUGGAGUUCUCAUCGCUAACGCCCGACACGAGGUCCGCGUCGCCCUUGGAUAUUUUCCAGCCGGGCAUCGGGGUCGUGGGCGUCGCGAUGAUCAGGCCCGGGUGUUUCUGGUACAGAUGCGCGAGGUGGGACAUGAGGAGGUUGCGCAUGCGUUGGGCGGCGAGGAAGUCGCGGGCGGCCGCCUGGUUGCUGCCGAUGGAGACGAGGACUUUGUUCUGGGGGGUUAGUUGGCGGAUUUGCUCGGGGGUGAUUGUUGAGGAGAUCUCGGCGAGGAUGGUGAGGGCGUGGGCUUUUUGGCCUUCGGGGAGGAAGGGGAUGGAGAUGUCGAGGACAGUGUAGUUUUGGUGGUCGCGGUAGUAGUCGAUGGCGUUGUUGAAGAGGCUGAGGACGGCUGGGUCGGCGCGGUUGACCCAGUCGCGGAAAAUGCCGAUUACCUUGGGCCGGGAGGCUAGGGUGUCGCUGGAUGGGAUGGUGGAGAGGGGAUCUGGGAAGGAGGAAGAUGGCAUUGAUUCCGGAUCGGGGCUAGCCAUGAUUCGGUACGAUAAUGCUAAGUCGUCGAGGCUGGAGGUCAUCGUUCCGAAAACGCCGGUGGUCGUGGCUAUUCCACACGUCGGGUGUCCAGAGACUCGGCCAUGGGAGGUUUUAAUGCCAUAGAUGCCGCAGAAGCCAGCCGGGACACGGACUGAGCCACCACCGUCGGCUCCCAGGGCAAUGGGUACCAGGCCAGCGCCAACAACAUAUCCAGAGCCUCCUGAAGAGCCGCCGGUAUAGUAGUCUUUGUUGUGGGGAUUUCUCGGGGUCCCUGUAAAGGGAUUGUUGUUCGUGGUGCCUAGAAAAGAAUUAAUCAGUCAGUUUCGGGAUUGGCAGGAAAGCGGUCAAACGGCGAUAUCACAGAUAAAUCUAGCAAAAUUAAGAAUUGGAAAUAUAAGGGGAAAUGUAUAUCUUACCAAGACCCAAUUCAUGCAUGCUAGUCUUCCCGACAACAAUUGCCCCGGCCUCCUCCCACUUCUUAACACACCACGCCGUCCGGUUCGUCUUCCCCGUGAAAUCUAACCGACUCCCUAACGUCCGCUUGUAGCCCUCGAGGUCUACUUCAUCCUUAACUGCGACAGGCACCCCAUCCAAGGGACCUAACGGCUUCCCAGUCUUGUACCGCUCCGUCGAGGCUGCAGCCGCAGCACGGAUGAUAUCAAUCUUAGACUCAAGGAAGGCAAGAGAAUGCUCGCCGGGCGGGUUCACAUCACGGCGAAUGAGAGGAAAAAGCGCUUCCACGACCGCCGUGGGUGUCAGGUCGCCGGACAGAUACAGCGCAUGGUAGUCGGCUGAGGUGUAGUAGCCCUGGCCAUCUCGCUUCUGGGUUGGCAGGGGAAGGCUCGAUUGAUGGGCUGUAGAAGAAUCCGCGAUAGGGGUGACGGUAGGGUCAUAUCGGGGUGGGUAGUCUUUCAGGGCGGGGAGUUCGCGCACGAUGUUGAAACCUGCAUUGCGCCAGAGAUAAGCUUGGAGGGCAUUUGAGGAGCAGACCCUAUCCAAGGAAAAAUGAACUUUAGAAUUAGCUUUAUUUUUUUUUUUUUAUUUUUUUUUUUUUUUAAGAACACGAGAGGAAAAGGGGAGAUAGGCAUAAUUAUUAGAGAGUCGGGAAUUACUAACAAUGAGGCGCCUAGCUCCAGCAAGCGGCCCCGGAGUAUGGGGUUCGACGCCGGGGGAUACUUCAAGGGGACGUCGGGCCCUUCGCGGGGAAUGGGGUAAUCGUGGAAUCGAUGGGAUGUUUCCGAUGUUCCAGCCAUGUUUGUAGAGCUAUUUAGUAACUAACUAUGUUUCUCUGCCUAGUGAGUGGGUGAGGAGGGACUAGUAGUACUGUACGGAGUAUACGGAGUAACUACUGGAAAAUGUGUCUCCCGUCGGCCGUUGCUCUUAUAUAACUACGCAAUAAUAGAUGUUGUUCUGUGGUUGGUUCUGCCGAGGUUCCCCUGAAGCGGGCCAGACCAGGCUAGUUGAAAGACGCUGAUUGGUUGAUAAUAACCUCAAGGGAUGCGCCGCCGCCACCUAGUAUGAUGGCAUAAAAUGCGAUGAGGCAACUGACGUUCACUACUUUUUGUUUAUGGAGUGGGGAAAUAAAUAUAGGGGUAUU